CUCCGAGGCCGUUAACGGCGUCUGGGCCGGGCCACGGCUCCAAAACAAAGGGCAGGCGGCCCGCGGGGCGGCGGCGGGAGGAUGCCUCGCGCCCUGCCUAGGCGCUAACGGCCUCAGCGCGUCCCGGGCCGCGCCGGGAACGCCUGAGAGCCGAGCCCGCGCUGACCGGGGCCCGGGCCGGAUGGGCGCUGCGGGCCGGGGCGCGGACCGCGGAGCGGCCGUUACAUUUUUCUCUCGUCCCAGCUGUGUGGACAGUGCCACACGCCCUCCUGGACAACGACGGCUCUUGCGUGCAUUUUCCAGUGUUUCUUUUGUCAGAGAGGCCAGCAGAGCCGCGGUUCUUCCAGAACCAGCCCUGAGCUGAGUGAGGAGUGCCCAGGAGAGAUGGUGAAAAUGACAAAGUCCAAAACUUUCCAAGCGUAUCUGCCGAAUUGUCACCGAACGUACAGCUGCAUCCACUGCAGAGCACACCUGGCCAAUCAUGAUGAGCUCAUCUCCAAGUCCUUUCAGGGGAGCCAGGGACGCGCCUACCUCUUCAAUUCCGUGGUGAACGUGGGCUGCGGCCCCGCAGAGGAGAGGGUCCUUCUCACCGGGCUGCAUGCAGUCGCCGACAUCUACUGCGAGAACUGCAAGACCACACUCGGGUGGAAAUACGAGCAUGCAUUUGAGAGCAGUCAGAAAUAUAAGGAAGGAAAAUUCAUCAUUGAGCUUGCUCACAUGAUCAAAGACAAUGGCUGGGAGUAAAGUGCGAACUUUCCCUUCUCCUUCGAAUGCUGUUUUGUGAAAGAAACUGAAUGUAAUGGAAACGUAGGAGCAGCCGGUGGGAGCCUUUCUUGCCCUCUGACCUCAAAGGCUAGCUGCGCAUAGCUCUUGACACUCUCGGCCAUCUCUGUGGGUAAGGUGUCCCCUUGGAUCUGUCCUGUUCAUGUACACGGUUGUUUCUGAAAAUCUUCAAUGUGCUUUUUCUAACUUCUCAAGUUCUAGAGAAAGAAUUAACCAACUGAUGACUUACCCACCUAGUUAAUACCUUCCUUUCUCCUGUCUUCAAUAUAGUUGGGCUCUGCUUUUUUAAGGUUCAGUUGAAAACCAAACUGAGGCCGGGCGCGGUGGCUCACGCCUGUAAUCCCAGCACUUUGGGAGGCCGAGGCGGGUGGAUCACCUGAGGUCAGGGGUUCUAGACCAGCCUGGCCAACAUGGGGAAACCCCGUCUCUACUAAAAAUACAAAAAUUAGCCGGGCAUGGUGGUGGCUGCCUGUAAUCUUAGCUACUCAGGAGGCUGAGGCAGGAGAAUCACUUGAACCUGGGAGGCGGAAGUUGCAGUGAGCUAAGAUUGCGCCAUCGCACUCGAGCCUGGGGCACAAGAGCGAGACUUCGUCUCAAAAAAAAAAAAAAAAAAUUAGCUGGUUAUGGUGGCGCAUGCCUGUAGUCCCAGCUACUCAGGAGGCUGAUGCAGGAGAAUCACUUGAACCCAGCAGGCGGAGGUUGCAGUGAGCCGAGAUUGUGCCACUGCACUCCAGCCUGGCGACAGAGCAGGACUCCGUCUCAAAAAAAAAGAGAACCAAACUAAGUCUCUGAAGACCAUAGGGACAGGGUCUCUUUAGAUAGCAAGUCUCACCAUUCCCCUUUUUAGAGAAAAGGUAUUGUAGCCCAUCCUCCACCCUACUUUUUCUUAAAAUUCGCAAAACUUCAAAUUGGCUAUUCCUCUUUCAAAUGAACCACUGAAGUACAGUGUUCAUUUAAGAAUCUUACAGAGGCAGUCAACAGACUUAUACACUAAGGGUAUUUUUGGUUUUUAGCCUGUUCAGAAACAGAGGCCAGCACUGAUGACAUUUUAGAUACACUCUAAACUGAGAAAUGUGUCUAGUGGAACAUGUUGUUUAUUUAAGCCAGUAGAUUCCUUAUCUAGAAAGCAGGUGAGCUGGCCCUUAGAGAAGGCUGUCCCAGGGGCCUGCAGAGGUGCCGUUACUGUCUGGUACCAGGGGUUGUGCCCUCAGCGGUGACAGCAGCUUAGGUGUCAGGCAGUUGCUGAGGGGCCGGUCCAUGUUGUUAUAGAGUAACACACUGGACCGAGUAAACGUCGGAUUUCAUUUUCUACCCUGGAUGUACUUGAAGAAAAAGAAUUAUUUUUGCAUAUGAAAGAGGCCAGAACCCACAGGAAAAACUUCAAAACUUGACUUUCGCCAGAAUGUUGAAAAUUUGUUCAGAAAAGGUUAAAGCAACAAGACAGGUUUAGCCUUUGUGCAUAAGCCUGCUAGAUGCAUCGCCCGUCCCUGCGUGGUGCUGUCCCAUGUCACUUGAACUGAUAGAAGGGCCUGUGCAAUCUCCUAAGGCCUGUGUUUCUGCCACGUAUUUUAUUAUGAAUUACAAUCCACCCAUCCACCUGCCCUCCACCAGGAGUGGGCACCCCAUAAGGGUUUAGGCCACUUUGCAGAGGAUGGAGGUCAAAAACCAUUCCCAGAUAAGUUUGGUUUCAACAUUUAGUAACUUGUCUCAGGGCACAGAGGGCAGGCAGGAGACUGGGGGAGGCCAAGGGGCAGCAGAUAGGAGAGCACUGAGCCUGGAUAGUUCUCAGCCUGGCAAGUGGCUCUGAAGCUGCCUUCAGACAAGGCUACUCUAGGGGCAAGAGUGCAAGCUGGCAGACAGUAAGAAUGUGGCCACCUGUCCAGCUUCACACCUCCCCUGACUUAAGCCCUUCCUAAACCCAGACCUACGGUCCAUGCAGGCACUGGGCUGUGCCUACUCGAGCUCACUGCCCACGUAGAGCAUGCCUUUGGUGCCAUCUCUUGGCCUAAGCCUUGGUAUGUGGGACAUGCCGCUGCCCUGGUGGGCAUGGCACUGAGAUGCAUCAAUUCAGCAGGAGUGACAAAGGCAGAAGUUCCUUUAAAGCACAUCUUCCACUUAGGAAAGGAAGGAAAUUUUUGUACAUCCAGCUAUGGCCCUGCAAGCUGCCUUAUCCCUGCGCUAGUCUCCCUCACGGGCUCAGGCUGGCCCAGCACAUCCCGACCUCCUGAGCUUGCGUGCCGCCAUCCAGAGCACAGGGGUCACCGCGCGCUGCAGGGCUCUUGCUGCCUUAUCUCAAGCCUGGAGAGGCUCUGCCCACGAGCUGGCACAUGAAGUUAGCAACGCCUGUGGCUUCAGUCAAUUGUCUGAGACUCUGAAGAGGCCGAGACACCUUCCCGACCGGAAGAAGUUGUUCACUGAAAACUUAUUUUAAACUGACCCUUCCCUUCGAGUCUUCAUUCCUCUCCCAUGUGGGAACCCAGCCUUGGAUGCCCUGGGGACUAGGGGAAACAGUUGGGGGUUUGUGCCGUCCCCAGCCUGCUAUGGGUGUGAGGACAGCCAGGUCCUGAGUGACUCAAGAUGUUUCACUUACAUUGAAGAAUCUUCUAAAACUCUUCCGAGUGGUUUGACACACUCAAGUUCUAUUUAAGAGCUGUUCUGUGUGUGGGGCGAGUUUGCUGCUCCCUCGAUUUGGGCACUUUGGUUUUUGUCUUUCCUGAUGGCAUUGAUUGAACAUUUUUUACUAGUCUUAUGAAUUUUCUUAUGACUUUUGUAUUUUUUUUGUAACUUAAACCAACAAAACUUUUAUCACUUUUUUGUUGUUGUUGUUGUUGGGCUUCUGCAAAAUGCAAGCUCAUUUUUAAACCAAAUGAAUAGACCAUGAGCUGGCGACAGGGGAAGUGCUAUUCACAAGACCAUGUCUACCACCCUCUAAAAUUCCUGAACAUAAAGUUCCUGAACAAUAUCAUCUGGGACUUCUAUUUAUUUAAAACAAAUCUUUCUUCCUUGAGAGCCUUGAGAGGUGCUGUCAGGGUUAUAAAUGGCACAGUGCAUUUGCUGUAGGAAUGGGAUUUGGCGUUGUUUUACACGCACGGUAUUUUUACACCUUAAUGCUUAUUCUUGAUGGCAUCUGUCAGAUACUAGAAUCAGAAAUAAGACUCUUCCCAAAAUCCUUAAUUUACCUGAUGCCCUCAUCAGGUUGUUAAAAAUUCAAGUGGUUUUAAUAGCUAAAAACCUGCAAAUUAAGCUCUAAAACAAACUACAGAAAUGUAAACCUUCACUUGCCAAGGUCCUUGGUGGCCUAUCCCCUGCCCCAGGGGCAGACGGUCCUGAAGCCCUUCCCUCACUGUGCAGGCCACUGGGUGAGGCUGGACGGUCACCCACGGCGGCUUCACUGCAAGGAGCAGGACUGCCAAGCUCAAGCACGGGGCCUUCAACUUCCCCUGUCCUCUGGCCACGCUGCCAGCCCUUGGUCCUUAUCUGUGUGAGGUUUACAAAUAAAGCUUCUGAUGUCAAAUGUU